UUUUAUUGUCAACUUGAGAAUUCGGUUUUGUUCACUCAAAGUUGACGUUUAUAACUUUCGGUUUUAAACUCGAGAGUUUACAAACUUUUGAUUUUCAUAACUUCCCGAAAAAGGAGAAGUUAAGAAGAAAACUUUUGUUUUAUAUAUUAAAAAAAAAUUAAACUAACAAAAAUGUAUCGAAGAAAUUAUUUUUGGGAGAAUAAUUCAUCUUCAAGCAGCGAAGAUGAAGAAAGUCUGCAAAUUGAGAGACGGGAAUAUAAAAUGUUCCAACGCAUUCAGUUAAACACGUGGGAUGACGUAGACUUUUUGAAUCGUUUCCGUCUCUCAAAACGCACGACAAUGAUGGUGCUGGAAGAAAUAAAGGAUUCCUUGCCGUGUGAUGAAAGGAGAUCACGCGAAUUACGACCUAUCACGCAAUUGCUAAUUGCAUUAAGGUAUUAUGCGCUUGGAUCUUUUCAACUAGCAAUCGCGGAUUUUUCAGGGGUUUGUAUUACAAGUGUACACGUUGUGUUGAAACGUGUGUCCAGAGCUCUUGCCGAACUUUCUCCGCGGUAUAUUCAAAUGCCCCAAACGCAAAACGAGCGCUUGAAAGCAGCUAAAGAAUUUUUUGCAGUGGCAAAGUUCCCUCGGACUAUUGGUGCAAUAGAUUGCACCCAUAUUCGAAUUCAAUCGCCAGGUGGAACAGAUGCAGAAAAUUUCAGAAAUCGAAAAGGGUGGUUCUCGUUGAACGUCCAGACGGUGUCUGCAGCUAAUUUAAAAAUUAACGAUAUCGUGGCUCGGUGGCAGGGGUCUGCUCAUGAUCAGCGAAUUUUCAACAUGUCGAGUCUAAAGAAACGGUUUGAAGACGGAGAGUUCGAGCAUUUUAUCCUUGUUGGAGAUUCGGGCUAUACAAAUACCACCUUUCUUGCAACACCAUUUCUCAAUGUCACAAACGCAGUAGAAAACUUGUAUAACGAAUCACAAAUUCGAACUCGCAAUUGUGUGGAACGUUCAUAUGGCGUUUGGAAAAGGCGGUUUCCAGUUUUAGCAACUGGAUUGAGGUGUAGGCUUGACACUGUUCAAUCAGUAAUAGUGGCUUGUGCCGUUCUCCAUAACAUUGCCAUCGACCAAAACGAAUCCCAACCGCCACCGGAGAUGUAUGAUUUUGCUAAUAUGCUGGCCGCUACAGAUGUUCCUUCAGAUACGCUUUUGGGAUCAGCUUCCGCAACUACUCAUAACGUUCGCGCUCGAUUGGUGCGUUCAUAUUUUCAGCCAAUGUUAGAUAGCUAA